AUGGAUGACAAAGCCAGACCACAGGAUAUUAAGGAGUCUCCUUCACUCUCGCCCGAGGAGGAGAACCACAUAUCCCAUGUUGUACUGAUCCCUCAACCAAGUACUCACCCCCGGGACCCCCUGAAUUGGCCUCUCAGUCGCAAGCAUGUAAUACUGGCGGUAUUAUGCCUAGCAUCCUUUUCCGGCGCCAUCGCGCCUUUAUCAGGACAGCUCAACCUAGCCGACCAGGAGAAAUUAUACCAUAAGACAAAAUUGGAGGAGUCCUACGCGAACUCCGCCGCGUUAGCAGGCAUGGCCGCCGGCCCAUUCUUCUUCGCCCCGAUAUCCCACAUCCUCGGCCGCAGCUCCGUAAUCUUCUGGUGUGUGCUCUGCACACUAGUAUGUCAAAUCUGGGGCGCCGUAAUGACACGUCCGGACGACUAUAUCCCGUACGUGAUCUCGCGGCUAUUCGCCGGCUUUUUCGGCGCCGUGCCGACGGUGCUAGGCCCGCGCAUCGUGACGGAUUUGUUCUUCUUGCAUCAGCGUGGUCGCGCGUUUACGGCGCUUCACAUGGCGUUUAUGUUCGGGACGAUUGCCGGUCCGACAUUUUCGGGAUUCGUGUCGGCACGUUCUUUCUUUCCGGUCGAGUUCUGGUGGACGGUGGGUUUGCUGGGGGUUACGCUUGUGUGUUGCUUUUGGUUUCUUGAGGAAACGGGGUUCGAUCGUGAAUGCCUUGAACGGAAUCCGUCUAUGCCGGAUGGGUUUUUGGCGAAUCGAUUUGCUACUUUCUUCUUCGGCACUGCGGUCGUUUUGCCGACGAGUUGGAAGGAAACGGCUAAAGUCGGACUCGCACCCUUUCUCAUCGGCCUUUGUCCGGUGACUAUCAUCAUGGGUAUCUUCACGCUGAUCUCCUUCGGGUUCUAUGUCGGCGUCAACGCGCUCACACCAGUGUGGCUCCAGAAACCCGUUUCAGAAGGCGGAUACGGGUUCUCGCUGGAACAGAACGCGGCGUUCACCUUCUGUCACUGGAUCGGUAUUAUCCUCGUGCAUUUCUACGGCCACUAUCUCAAUGACCGGCUGCCGCUUGCACUGGCACGGCGAUUCAACGGCGGUGUCUGGAAACCAGAGUAUCGACUGCAUGUCCUUUGGCUUCCCAGUCUUGUGAUCAACCCCAUCGGCUUGGGGAUUUUCGGAGCUGCUUUACAGUAUCAUCUGCACUAUAUGGUUUUGGCACUGGGGGUUUUCCUCGUGACUAUUGGGUCGCUGGCUAGUGUUCCGGUCACGGUGAAUUAUGUCGUGGAGUGUUUUACGCGGUACCCGGCUGAGACGGGGAUUGUCGUUGGUGCUUAUCGGAUUGUCUAUGGACUGACUAUUAGCUUUUAUAUCAAUCCUUGGGUCGAGGCCGUUGAGGUUGGGUGGGUGUAUGGUAUGAUGGCUUUCUUUGCGGUUUUCUCGUUCUUUUUUGUCAUGUUGCUUAUGUGGAAGGGGAACGCUAUUCGCAAUAUUCAAUUUGCGAGUCUUGGGUCUAGUGAGGAGGGCGAAAGGUUGAUGGAUUGA